AUGGAGGAGCUAAUACGAUUGAUAACGUCAAAAUUCACUGCUUAUAUACAAGCAGAGAUGGUAAAUAUGGCAUCUGAACUUGUUAAUUCUGCAACAAGUGAUAAACUUAGUGAAAUGGACUGGAUGAAAAACAUUGAGAUUUGUGAAUUAGUUGCACGUGAUCACAGACAAGCGAAAGAUGUCAUAAAAGCUAUUAAAAAACGCUUGGGAAGCAAACACUCAAACACAAAACUAUUUGCAGUAAUGUUGCUGGAGAUGUUGAUGAACAAUAUUGGAGAACCUGUUCAUAAGCAGGUUACAGAAACAGGAAUUCUUCCCAUACUUGUGAAAAUAGUUAAGAAAAAGUCAGACCUUCCUGUUCGGGAAAAGAUUUUUCUUCUUUUAGAUGCAGCUCAGACAUCUGUAGGCGGAGCUUCUGGGAGGUUCCCUCAAUAUUAUUCUGCAUAUUAUGAAUUGGUGAGUGCAGGAGUACAAUUUCCUCAGAGGCCUCGUGAUAUCCCAAAACCUCAUGUUACAUCAAACACCAUUGAGAAUAAUUUACUUGAUAAGGAAUUUGCUAAUACUCAACGUGCAAGAAGUGUACCACAGACACAGCCGCAGAAAGUUUCUGAAUACAGUAUUCUUGAGAAAGCUGGCAGUGCACUGGAGGUCUUGGAGGAUGUCCUUAAUGCUGUUGAUGCUCGACAUCCUGAGGGAGCGAAAGAAGAGUUCACACUUGAUCUUGUGGAACAAUGUUCUUUCCAAAAGCAACGAAUAAUGCAACUUGCAAUGACUUCUCGGGAUGAAAAGAUAGUCUCUAGUGCGAUUGAGCUUAAUGAGCAGCUUGAAAGAGUUCUGCGAAGGCACGAUGCACUUGUUUCUGGUAGGACAAUGUCCAUAUCGAGUCAUAUUGAACAUGAACAGAUAAUGUCCAUAUCGAGUCAUAUUAACCAGGAACAGGCAGAGGAAGAGGAAGAAGCUGAACAACUUUUCCGAAGGAUAAGAAAAGGGAAAGCUUGUCUACGACCAGAAGAUGAAGGCUGCCAAAUAGAGAGGCCAUUGGGUUUGCUGGGAGGCCCUCUUCCUGGGGAAAUGCUUCAUCGCCCACUCAUUCGACCACUAACUGUGGAGCCAAAGCAACAACCAUUUCGGCCACUAACUAAGGAGCCAAAGCAAGAGUUUAUGCGGCCACCAACUAUGGAGCCUGAUCAAGAAGCUAAUGUAGGUCGACCAGCAGUUGUGAUUCCACCACCACCUGCUAAACAUGUUGAGAGAGAGAGAUUCUUUGAGGAGAAAAAGGCGGACGUUUCUUCGCUUGAUGGGCAUAUGCGGAGCCUCUCGCUACACAGCCAAAACGCCAGCAGCUCUCGCAGUGGAAGCAUUGAUUAUAGUGACUGA